AUGAGUAUAAAUCUUAAUUUGAUUGCAUAGAAUGUAAACAAUGGUUUAUUGUCAUAUCUAAUUAAUGGUUAAAAAUUAGCAAUCAUUCUAUCAAAUAUUUCCGCAAAAAUCGAAUUCGAUAGAAGUUUUGUUGGAAGUAUCCAUUAUUCUAUAAUUUAGAUUAAAUCUGA